UUUGCUUGCGGUUGUGGUUGUAGUUAAAAUAAAAAAUUUGUGUAAAUAUUUUAAAAUGCCGAUUAUAUUACGUUUAUUUAAUUUGUCAUGUAAAAGUCUAAAUGGAAAACUGCUCAACACACAACAAACCUUCCAAAGGUUACCUUCCACUCGGACGGUGUCACUUAUCCCACUAAAGCGAUUCAUGAAAGAAGAAAAAUUCGCUCAGAAAGACAAAGCUCCCGAAGGAUUUAAAAUAAUCUACCGGGCUCCAAUGGAAUAUUACAUCAAGACAGCGAAAAUUAUCUCAACUGGAAGUGCGGCUUUUAUGAGCGGUUUGGCAGCGUUAAAGUUUGCCACCGAUACCAAAUACCUGCAACUGUCAACCGAAUUGACUUAUGGUCCUUUAGUUGCCCAUGAUUCGGAUAUAUUUCCGUUGGCGGCAGGAUUUAUUGCCAUCAAUGCAACUAUAAUGAUUUUCAUUACCAAAUAUCCGCUGAGAAUCUACAAAAAAGACAAAAGUUAUUUGGCUAUCUUCGAAGGACUUCUUCCGUUUGGCAUCAAACGUCUUAGCUACAAUCAAGGACAAGUCAAAGAAUUUAAACAUUUCCUUAAUCCAUGGUCACUUAUUACGUUUAAAAUCAAAGAUACGAUUACCUUGUUGAUGUUGGAUUACUUCAAAACUCCUUCGGAAUUUCAUGAAAUGUGCGAAGAGCCGAAAUCGGAAAACAAAUAAUUUAACUAGAAAAUAAAAAAAAAAAUUGUUUUGUUUACAAAUAUAGUUGGUAGAUUUCACUGCUAGGGUGCGCUCUGAAAUGUAAGCUGUCACUUAUGGGCAGUGUUCAUAAAUAUAUUAACUAAAAAAUAUCCUUUUAUAACUAUAAAUAAAUCCCAUAAGUAAAAAAAAUUUAUGAAAUCAAAAUAUGACAACCAUUAAAUA